GCGACGAAACAUCAUCUCUUACAGAGUGGCAGCAACGAAAUAGUUAACGGUAGUUAGCAACAGCGGCUUUGACGAAUUCUUGGUGAAAUAACAAUUUUUACUAUUUAGAACUUUACUUUUAGUGUUAGUGGUAGUUCGUUUUCAAGGGUUAAACUUAACUUUCCUCAUCAGUAAUUGUGACUGAUCUCAAGGAAAAGAAACAAUAUAUUUUGCAAAAUUAACUUUAUUGUGUUUUUUGGAACUUUAAAGUUGGGUUUUGGGUAGAAUUAUCUGAGAUGUGGUAAGGCCAUCAAUACAGCACCAGGAUGACAGAACCUACCACUGAGAAGACACAUCACCUGAAAACUUCAGAUACCCCAUCAGGUGGGAGUGGAGCUGCUUUUGAUCAUCCGCCAACCAAUGAUCAUGUUGUGCAACAGGCUGACGACAGGGGGCGACAAAGGGACAAGCAGAACAAGCAAGCAGAAAACGGUGGAGUGGAUAUCAUCAACACAGACAAGUUAUGGCAAAUGCAAGGCGGACAGAGGGAGGUGUGCCCUGUAUUUGCUGCCGGAAACACACUCCCUAAGUGCCCAGUUACAGCUCAGCCCUGUCAAGAGACAGGAGUAGAUGCAUCAGGAGAAGGUAAUUUUGUCGCUCAUGGGAACAGCGGGGAUGGACCUUCAGAGGAGACCUUAAGCCAGGUGCAAGGAGAGAGCGGGACGCACAUCGACACUGGCACUGGCACUGAUACGCGUCAAGGGAAGAAAAAGCAUAGGCGCCGGCCCUCUAAAAAGAAGCGUCGCUGGAAGCCUUAUUUCAAACUUUCUUGGGAAGAAAAGAAAGCCCUCGAUGAGCGGGAGACGGCCCGCGCCUCCAGAGUAAGAGAAGAGAUGUUCGCCAAAGGGCUUCCAGUGGCUCCGUAUAAUACAACCCAGUUUCUAAUGGAUGAACACGACCGAGAGGAGCCGGAUCUGAACACUGAGACUGGGGUCAGACGACUGUCUGGGCCUGGUGGUCGAACAGAGGACACAGCCAGUGAGGAUGACAUCUUUGAUAACGAGGAUGAAGAUGAGGAUGGUAGUGGUGGAGGCAGUGAUGGCAUCGGUAGGCCAGGGAACGCAGGCGGGGAAUUCCUUCAAAGAGACUUUUCUGAAACCUACGAAAAAUACCACGUAGAGAGUCUUCAGAAUAUGACCAAACAAGAGUUAGUUCAAGAGUACUUGGAGCUGGAAAAGUGCAUGUCCCGUCUUGAGGAAGAGAACAACAGGCUGCGACGCAUUAUAAAGCCGGACUUGAUCGUAGAGAGCUCCAUGCCCCAGUCAGACUCGGAGCGGGUCAGGGAGUUGGAAAGCGAACUGGCAAAACUAAAGGCGCAAAACAUGGAGUUACGUGUGCAGAACCAACAGGGGAAAGAGCGGGGUCAGGUUGCUACCAACUAAGAAAAGGACACAUUUCUUGUGAAAACGCGCAAAUAUGGGACGUAACAGGAAUUCCUAAAUUGUCACCAAUUUUCUGUAAUCGGUUUGUUCUAUGGACGGUUCAGUCCGUUAAUUGCAAUGCAAUACUUGGUAGAUUUCUUUUCUCUUUUGGACUUUAAGGUGUCUAUUCAAACUUUUUUUUUCAACAAGGAAUGUAAAUAAUUCCAAAGUAAUAAUUCGUUUUAUAAAGAGAAUGUAUUUGAGAAUAUGAAACAUUUUGUUUUUGUUUUCCUGGUGAACCUCGUAAGUAUGCGCUGAAAUAUUAUAUCCCUCUUUCGAAGCAAAAUGUAUGUUCCAUUAUCCUAGAAUGAAACUUUCCAAUCAUAACUAAUUGGUCAGCUUGCAAUCAUCUUUUGCACGAACGAGUCCCUGCAUCAGCAUUUUAACAGUUAUGUUUCAACAUAAGGACGAUAUGUUUCAAUUUAAGGACGAUUAAACUUUUGAAAUUAUGAUACAGCUGUGUGUUAUGUGGCCUGUUAUAUGCAAAAUAUAUGGUUUGGUAAGGGAAACUGAAUUACGAUUAUUCUCAAGUCUUAAAAUGAGCUGCACGGCAGCAGAGUGGACCCUG